CCAAGUUUUCCGCCACAACUAAUGUAAAAUGAGUAGUGGUUCAAAUCAGAAGACUUUGUUCCAGACUUGGGGUGCAUCUGCUUCUCAAAACAAAGUUGUUCAACCUAAAAAAGCCGUCAAGAAAGCUGCAGGACGGCGCAAAACAACCCCAAACAACACUGCGCAGGUAGCUACAACACGCCCUCAAAAUCCACUAUGGGCUCAAAUAGGGUCCACAACAGUGAACCCAGGGAGGACAGAGGACCCUGAACCUGCGUUUGAAGAUGAAGAUGAUGAUGAUUUGAUGGUGGUGGCUGUUUAUGAAGCUGAAAAGACCCUACAACUUGAUUCAAACUCUUUACAGUAUGAUAACCCUGUAGGGUCAGAGAGCACUGCUCUGUCUCUCAUCCCAUCAGCUGGGCAAACAUACCCAGACCUCCCAGGCUUUGACAGCUCCUCAGCUAAGGUAUGGAUUUACCCCACCAACUAUCCCAUCAGGGAGUAUCAGAUGAAGAUGUCAGAGGCUGCUCUGCUUCAGAACACACUGGUGUGUCUCCCCACUGGUCUGGGAAAGACCUUCAUAGCCUCUGUGGUCAUGUACAACUUCUACCGCUGGUAUCCAUCGGGGAAGAUUGUCUUCAUGGCUCCCACCAAACCUCUGGUGGCACAGCAGAUCGAGGCCUGUUACAAAGUGAUGGGGAUCCCACAGGCGCACAUGGCUGAGCUGACAGGCUCCACGGCAGCAAAGCAUAGACAAGAGGUGUGGAGGACCAAGCGUGUCUUCUUCCUCACCCCUCAGGUCAUGGUGAACGAUCUGUCCAGAGAGACCUGUCCUGCCCAGCAGGUCAAGUGUGUGGUGAUCGAUGAAGCCCACAAGGCGCUGGGCAACCAUGCCUACAGUCAGGUGAUCAGACAGCUCGGCAGCCAGACUCUGCAAUUCCGCAUCCUGGCCCUCAGUGCAACUCCAGGGGGAGAUACAAAGGCGGUUCAGGCGGUGAUUUCUAACUUGCUCAUCUCCCACAUUGAGCUGCGUUCAGAAGAGAGCCCGGACAUCAAGGCCCAUUCCCACCAGCGCAGUGUGGAGAAGAUGGUGGUUCCUCUGGGAGAGGCCCUUUCUGCUUACCAGGCGCGCUACCUGCAGGUGCUGGAGAAAUUCAUGUCUCGUCUGGUCCAGAACCGGGUGAUGGCACACAAAGACCUGCGGACUCUCAGCAAAUACCAGAUCAUCCUCGCCAGGGAUCAGUUCCGCAAGAACCCACCACCAUGCAUCAAGAGUCCGCAGCAGGGAAUGCUGGAGGGCGACUUUGCCCUUUGCAUCAGCCUCUACCACGGCUACGAGCUACUGAUACAGAUGGGCCUCCGAUCGCUCUUCUUUUACAUCCAGGGAAUCAUGGACGGAUCCAGAGAGAUGUCCAGGGCCAGAAAUGAGCUGCAGAGGACCCCCACCUUCAUGGACCUUUACCCCGAGCUGGAAGCGAUGUUUGUGAAGCCGUCUGCUGGUCCAGAUGAGCCGUUCAUUUACAGUCACCCCAAACUGGAGAAACUGGAGGAGGUGGUGCUGCAGCACUUCAGACGGUGGGCUGAGAGCUCAGCAGACAAUAUUGGUCCUCAGGAAGUAGGCACGCGUGUGAUGAUCUUUUCAUCGUACCGUGAGAGCGUACAGGAGAUCGCAGCCAUGUUGAACCGCCAUGCUACACUAAUAAAGGUCAUGACCUUUAUGGGCCAAGCCUCAGCAGGGAAGGGAGUCAAAGGCUUCACCCAAAAGGAACAACUGGAGGUGGUGAGCAGGUUCCGUCAGGGAGGCUUCAACACGCUGGUGUCGACCUGCGUCGGGGAGGAGGGGCUGGAUAUCGGAGAGGUGGACCUCAUUGUUUGCUUCGACGCACAGAAGAACCCCAUCCGCCUGGUGCAGCGGAUGGGGCGUACUGGACGUAAGCGGCAGGGACGAAUUGUUGUCAUCCUGGCUGAGGGACGCGAGGAGAGGACCUACAACCAGAGCCAGAGCAACAAGCGCAGCGUGGACAAGUCCAUUAUCGGCAACAAAAACGGGUUCCACAUGUACCCCAACAGUCCCCGCAUGCUGCCAGAGGGGGUGAACCCCACCAUGCAUAAGAUGCACAUCAUCUGUGGCCAGUUUGACCAUCGGGAGAGCAGCAGGCGGUCUGUCAGGGGUCGACGGUCCCACUCUGAGGGACGGGCCUCGCUCAUCCACCCUCAAAACCUGAUGCGGCAGGGCAGUGCGACGUCGGACGGGUUUCUGAGCAGUACUGAAUAUUCCCUGUGGGCGUCCACCAUGAAGCUUGGGGAUGAUGAAGCUCAUCCAACCCUGAAACAGUCCCAUUUCAUGUCCCUACCCAGUGAUCUACCACCUCAGGAGGACGUUUCCAAAAGCGGCCCACCGUCCAGAGAGCUAUCUUUGUGGGAAUGGAGACACUGGCAGCACAAAGCGUUUCCUACCCAUGUUGUUGAUCAUUCCCUCCGCUGCAACCACUUCAUUAAGGUGAUGGAGCUCGUUGACGGCAUGAGAGAGGAAAAUGAGGGGGAGUGUCGUUACGAACAGGAGCUUCUUCCGUACCUCCACAAAGCGGACGCUGUCGGCCACGUGAAGAAAGGACAGAAGAAACAGAAGACAGGCGCUAAAACUACAAACAAUAAAGCCAAACUAUUUCGCUCAACGUUGCCUGAUCUGGAACGUUUCGACGAAGAAGGAGAUUGGGAACAAACACGAGGAAAGACUGUAGUUUCCCCAUUCGCUGUGACAAAACAAAGACUUCCUGUUGCGCAUGAUACCGAGGCGCCUUAUGAUGACAUGACAGACCACCCAGGACCUGAAGCGAUUUGUCCUCGUCCCUCAAACAACGACUGUCCAGAAGCUGACAUGGAUGACGACUGUGUCAUUAUUGAUGAAGAUGUCGUAAGAUCAGAGCCUAUACAUUUUGACCAAACUUCACAGUUGAUCACAAAGAUUGAUGAAGAGGAAGAAGUCGAACUUCAGGCCAUGUUCUAUCUUCCUAAAUGGGAUUCGGCACCUCCUCCCUCCUUUUCUAAACUCCUCCCAGGGAGAGAUCAGAGUCUGAAUGUCAUCCUGGCCAACGUGGCGGAGCUCCUGUCCCGAUCUCCACCGCCACCGCCUGUCGAUUUAGAGGCCGACAUGGCUGCUCCGUCACUUCCUCCCUCUCCUCAGCGGCCUCAUCAGCCGUUCCAGGUCAGCUUUACGCUGGAUGUGGACGACGAUGAUGAUGAUGACGAUGAAGUGAUGAUGAGUGAUGCUGACGAUGCCCCCCUGAGGACAGACUCAGAGGACAUUAAAGGGCCUCGUCAGGAGCAGCAGCAGCAGAGCGUCAGUAUUGCAGCAAACAGCCCGUCCUGGGAUGAGGUCUUUGGGGAAGAAGAUGUGAAUUAUAAUCAUGAUAUAACAGAUAACCGCAAGGAGACAGAUGAGGAAUGUGUUGGCGAGGAAGCGGAGAGGUACAAGGAAACAAAAACACAUGGUGGUGUGCAAGAUGACAGAAUUCAGAUGGACGAGAGCAUGGAUCUGUUUGGCGAUGACGAGGCCUUCCUGCAGAUGUCCAUCCCAGACAUCCCCACUCCUGGUGUCACGCCCAGGACAUCCCCUAGUGCUGGAGACAUUGCCAAUAGCACAAAAAAUAUGUCUUUACACACGCAUACCCCAACAAACCCACAUAGCACUACACGCACAGCUGGAAGCGCAUAUACAUUAAACACAGCGCACACAGAUGACUUAGCACGCACAAAGGACAUAACUCCGCAUUCCAAGCUGAAUAACCCGACCAUUGUAGAGACAAAACACACAGCAGCAGCCCCAAGUGAACCUGUAACAGACUGCUCUCAUGACUACUACUCUGUGAACUUUGACCUCGGCUAUUCACUGGAGGACUCUGACGAAACGGAAGAAGAGGCUGUUUCUGCCCCGUGUAUGUUGACCUCGCCACAGUCUAAAAAACAUGCUGAUUCUACAGCAUCUUUGCCGGCCGGCUCCAGCUCCUCCACUCCCUAUAACAGCUUCCACAGACCGAGAAUCCCUCUACAGUCCAGUGAAUCCAAGGAAUAUACACCACAAAUGCUGCCAGAGCAACGGAAGAGAGAAAGGUCCUCUCUUCUGGCUUCGCCUUCGGUGUCUACAGGUGGUGCGCUCCCGUCUCCAAUCACAUCACCAGGAGCGAGGCGGAUGCUCAUGCCUGGCUGUGCCGGGCCACGUAACCCGUCUUUAGUCCCCCUUUUCAAACAGAGACAGUCCAGUGAAUCCAAGGUAUCUACACCACAAAUGCUGCCAGAGCAACGGAAGAGAGAAACGUCAUCUCUUCUGGCUUCGCCUUCGGUGUCUACAGGUGGUGCGCUCCCGUCUCCAAUCACAUCACCAGGAGCGAGGCGGAUGCUCAUGCCUGGCUGUGCCGGGCCACGUAACCCGUCUUUAGUCCCCCUUUUCAAACAGAGACGACUGGAGGAGAACUCUCCUCCUCCUCCUGCUCCUCCUCCUCCUCCAGUGGAGUGCAUCAGUGACAGUGAGGAUGAAGUCGUGGUUCAUAAAAGAAGACAUCAGAACAAGGUCAAACCCCUGUCGUCCCCGGACGUGUCAAAGAUGUCCAGUGAUGUGGACUCCCCGCUGGUUGUGAGGAGGAAACGCGCUGCUGCACUUAAUACUUCUGAUGAAAUGGAGGGUGAAGCUGUUUCUGAUGAGGAUUUCCAGAAUGAGUCUGUGUCACGCAGAAUCACAGCACACUUACCUGAGAGGCAACGAGUCCAACAAGGCAAAGCCAAGCACCCCGCAUGUCGAAAAGGGCGCCAGUUCCUGGUUGAGGAAGCCGAGCUGUCGGAUGAGGGGGCAGACGUGUCAUCUGAUGAAGAGGAUGGAGAUGAUCAGAACCGCUCUCUUGAUGGCUUUGUGGUCGACAACACACACUUGUCACAGGGACUGAAUGAAUCCGAGAUGCAAGGUAUUUACCUGAAGUCAGUGAGAAGCCCUGAUGUCCAGGGAAAGUUCAAACUGUCCUACAGAAAUCAUCACAACAUGGACAUAUUUUCUCAGGUGCCUGAGAUGGAUGAGACAUAUGCAGAGGACAGCUUUGUGGUGGGAAGUGAGGAGGUGGAGAGCAGCGAGGGAGAGGAGGCCGAAGACAUUGAACUUAUGCCCGAGGACUCGUACGUGGAGGGGCGGAGGCAGUAUGCCACCAGACGGCGUGUUUUCCAGCACAAAGCCAGAGCCGGGGCCGGCACUAAGACUACAGCUGGAGCUCCACCAGAGCAGAGAGCUGGGGUGAAAACCAAGCGCGCCCGUGUCAUACACAUUCAUGAUUCUAGUGAGGAGGAGACAGAGGAAGUUGGUAAAAAGAGAAGUGUCACAACAGGAGGGGGUGUUGCUGCCCCUUUGUGGCCAAAGGUGGUACAGCCGGAGCCCAGCGGGCUAGAACAGCAGCAGAAACCCUCCUCUUCCUCCUCCUCGUCUUCAACCAUAGCAUCCAAGGUCUCACUGCUGAGCAAGGCACAGAAGAGCUCAGUGAGUGAAGACCAGCAAAAGGAGAGGUGUCGCCAGAGGAUGGAAAAUCAGCAUCUGCUCUCUAACGAACUGGACUUUGCAGAGUCAGAGUUGAUGUUAUCCUCCAUGAAACAACCCCAGGUCCAGGCCCUCCCUGCCGCCUCCUCAGCUCCACAGACGUCCACUGCACAGGAUUCAUCAGCCAGCGCUCCAUCAGGGCCUGUUUGCAUUCUGGUGGACAGUCGCUGCAUCAGCGGUGGAGUGGAGCUGAUGACCAGCCUCCGUCAGCGCCACGCAGCAACCGUCCACGUUUGCUCACUGGACGGCAGCUACUUCAUUGUCAGCAACCGCACGGCGGUGGAGAGGCACAGCCAGUCGGACUUGGCCGCGGCGCAGAACAGGAAGCGAUUGGCUGAAAGGGUGAACAGCUUGCUGGGAUUGUUUGAGCGUGUUUGUGUGAUAGUGGAGAAGGACCGAACCAAGCCAGGUGAGGCGUCGCGUCCGUUCCAGCGAACCCGUUACUACGACAGCACUUUGACGGCACUGGUGCGUACCGGGGUGCGCUUGCUCUGGAGCGAUGGCGCUGAAGAGAGCGCCGGCUUGCUGGCAGGCCUGGCCCGGCUGGAGCAGCGUAAAGGUCAGGGUAUCGCCGUACCGCUGGAGGUCAAAGGGCAUCACAGGCAGCAGGCCCUGCAGCUCUACUUGGGCCUGCCCUCGGUCAACUACGUCCAUGCCCUCAGCAUGAGCCAGAACUUCAGGUCUAUUGCACAACUCAUAAACAGCUCCAUUGAAGCCAUACAGAAGGGAGGCUGUAUGAGUCGAUCCAGAGCCGAAGAGAUCUAUCGCUUUCUGCGCUACUCCUGUGACUCCUCCUUCAUGAACACAUCAAAAUCUGGGAAAACCAGCUAGCGGCGAGGGAGAGAAACACUACAGGAAAACCACAAUCUGAAAUCUAUUCCUUUAUUUAUCCACUACUUUCCCUUUCUUCGCUUCCCCCGCCCUUCUUUUCACUGUACUUCUUUGUUUUCAGUCUCAUCUGGGACCAGAGGAUGAACGAUGCUACGUACGGUAACUGAUCCAUUUGGAGUUGUAUCUCAAUGAGAGAAGAGCAUCGGGAUAUUUAUUCAACCUUCUUGCACAAUAAGUUGAAGGGGAGCACCACUCCAUACCACAGGGUUUCUUGAUAUAUAAGGCAUACUAUUUAUUUUAUGCUGCAUUUUUGAAAAAAAACAUUUGGGUGAGAAGUGUUUCCCUUAAGACUCAUGUACUGGCACUCAUCCUGUGAGAUGGUGUUGAGGCAAUACUGUGAUCAUAACUUGAAUAAUUUAUUUUUGUCAAAUAAUGGAUACAUUUGUUUACAACUCUGAAAGUAAAUAAUAUUUCUUUAAUAAAAAGUGCUAUUUUUAUA